CUGCCUGCCGGAUGACUACCUGGGGCCUCCUGUGUCUGCUCUGGCCUGUGGCCACAGCCACCCGGGUCACAGCCACCCAGGCCUGCCCCAGACCCUGUACAUGCCAAGCCUUGGAAACCAUGGGGUUAAAGGUGAACUGUGAGGGGCUAGGCCUCACAGCCCUGCCUGAGCUGCCUGCUCACACUCGCCAGCUCCUAUUGGCCAACAAUAGCCUGCGUUCAGUGCCACCAGGCGCCUUCGACCACAUGCCUCAGCUGUUGAGCCUCGAUGUGACACACAACCCCUGGCACUGCGAUUGCAGCCUCACCUACCUGCGCCUCUGGCUGGAGGACCACAUGCCCAAGGCCCUGCUACACGUGUACUGUGCCAGCCCUGACUUGGCCACCAGGCGCCCACUGGGCCAGCUGACAGGCUAUGAGCUGGGCAGCUGUGGCUGGAAGCUGCCACCAUCCUGGGCCUAUUCAGGGAUCUGGUGGGACGUGGCACUAGUCCUUGUGGCUGUGCUGGGCGUGGCUCUGCUGGCUGGCCUCCUGAACACAUUCAGAGUCCCUGAACUGAGCCUAGCCCAUAAAACCAGGCCAGAGAUCUAGACCU